ACGAACUCUCCUUCGCAUCUUUCCUUGACCUCAGGACGUUUUCUAUCGAGGUCAAGGAAAGGUGCUUCGGAAGGACUUAGGAGCUUUUUUUAUUUAUUGAUUUAUUUGACCGUACCCACAAUGUUCGUUUUUCCAUCGGAACCAUUUAGUGAAGAAGGUUUCCGACCCGGCUCUGAACAAUGUGACACACAGUAUUUCCUGCAUGUGGUCUGGAGUUAAAUUAUUGUAAUGUGCGUGUUUUAUUAUAUUUCCCUUCACGGUGAAAGAGUUUCUCAUCUCGUCAAAGUGAAAAACUGCUUCUGACGGCUAUUGUUCGGUAAUUGGUGGAAAUGUCUAGCAGUGUGGUUGAAGCACGUCACACCGAGCUGCCGAUGGACGGUUUGGAGGAGAAGCUCAGAGGUCUCUCUGUCGCUCGGCGGUCUUCCCCUGAGGAGCCCACCUACCUGCUGGACGUCGCCCUUCAGCCGACCGGCCUCCUGGCCGUGUCCUGCUCCAACUUCACCGUCCACCUUCACAACAAGGACACUCUGCACCUGCUGGGGGAGUACCGCGGCCACGGCGGGCCGCUCUGUGGGGUUGUUUUCUCUCACACCUCCCCUGACUUCCUCUACUCUGGUUCUGCUGAUGGGACGGUCCGUGGGUGGGACGUCCGCCGCCCCGGGACAGAGGCAGCCCAGAUGUUUAAAAGCGACCCAGCCCACAGCUACUGUAGCUUGGACCUGAGCUGCAGCGACACACUUCUGUGCGCCGGCACCGAGCAGGUGGACGAUGAAGACAGCUUCCUGGUUUUCUGGGACAUCAGGAAACCAGGUCGGCUUCUCGGGGUGUAUUCCGAAUCGCACAGUGAUGACGUCACUCAGGUGCGCUUCCACCCUCGAGACAAAGACCGUCUGGCGUCCAGCUCCACAGACGGACUUGUUAAUGUUUUUGACCUGAGUCGUGGGACGGAGGAGGAGGCACUGCUGGCUACCUGUAACAGUGACUCAUCUGCUGGUUCAGUGUGCUGGUCCGGAGCCGACUACACCCACCUGCUGUGCCUCAGCCACGAUGAGGGGCUGCACCUGUGGGAUCUGGGCCAGCUGGACACUGAUGAGCCUCUUACGCUUUUCAGCACCUCUGAUGCACGCAGCCUUACGCCUCUGGCUGAUGGGGGAGGCGUGGAUUACCUGGUGGGGGGGUGGUGGCUGGAGGAGGCCCAGAAGCUGCUGGUGGUUGGGGGAAAGAACAGCGGGGAUCUCCACCUCAUGGAGUGCGAUGACGGAGGGCUUCGUCUGCUCAGGAGCCUGGAGGGCGGCCACUCCUCCACGGUGCGCUGCUUCCUGUGGGACGCAGCAGAGGAGGCUCUGGUCACCGGGGGAGAGGAUGCUCAGCUAUUGCUAUGGAAACCAGGAGGGGAGGAGCUUGCGGCAGGGAAAAGGGAGUCCAUGAAAAGUGAAUCAGCUUUGAGACUCAAAUCCAGGCCACAUAAAAAACACGGCUACCAGAGAGGAAAGAAGGCAGAGUGAGAUGCUGAAUCAACCUGAGAGGGAGAGAAAACCUCUCUGAUCCCAUGAAAGGUGUGAUCACAUGACGUUUCUGUCCUCUGAAUAUUGGUGCCUUUUGACUCCUGUGCUCCUGCAGGCUCACAGGUCAAAGUUCACCUUGGAUAUGUCUGUUAGUUUGUGAAACUCUAAAACGGCUCUUCUGUUUUCAUUCUCUAAGGGUCAUGGCACCUGAUGUUGACAAAAAUAACAAACAGCGUAAGUCUCAUACCGUUGCAGCCCUACCUCAUCCACCACUCAGACCGCUCUAAUCGAUGCGUCAGAGAUGGAACAUCAUCAUGUGAUGAGGAUACAUUGUUGAGAGUGCAAGCUUUUUUGGUGACACAAUGGCAGCUGGGCUUCUUUGCGUCCCAGUCGAUGGCGUUCUGAUUGCGGUGUGUUCUGCAUUAACCUGCGUUUUUCCUGAUCACAACUGUACUGAGGGUGAAUUUGAGUGUGGACGCUUUGAUUGACAGGUGGGUGUUGUUAGAGAUGGCUUGUUUGAGCAACCAGGCAUCAUUCAGCCCACCUCAGGUCUGUGUUUGCUGAAUUUUAUAUUAGCUGGGAGGCGGGACAGCCAACAUGUCACAUGUUUUGACUUUCAAAGUGGCUCUUCAGAAGCCUGUAGGUGACGUCACACAUACGCUGUCUAUUCUUUUAUAGCAGGGCUCUUCAACCAGGGGUCUGCCAAUUUUUGUCAUCAUAAUUGUCAAUUUCCACCAAAAUUAAUGGUGAAUGUGAGGAUGGAGAUAAUUAAGAAACUAUAAAUGAUGUAUUUGCACUCCAAUCCGAUGAAUUAGUGGACAUGUUUAAAAACACACAGCUCUUGGCUUUUAAUAUCCAAUAAUAAUUUUACAACUUUUCAUCAAUCAUAAACACAUAUACCAAAAACCCAGUAUAUAAUAAGGUGAAAUAAAAGGUGAAUAAAGUAAAUAUGACAGUUAUUUUAGGCCAGGCUUAAAAGGUGCCACAUUCUUAAAAAAAUGAAUUACAUGUGUGGCUGUCAGUUCUAUUUGUCUCUUAUCCAAGAGGUCCUCGGGCUGAAAAAGGUUGAAGACCCCUGCUUUAUACUGUCAGUGGUUAGGAAGGAGAGGGUCAGGUGCAGUCAACAACUACAUCACUAGAUGUCACCAAAUCUUGCAGACUGGAUCUUUUAAUACAAGGGUCAAAACUUUGAGCUGACAACACAAAGAGGACGGGCUGCUCCAGGGAGAUCUGUGAAAGCAAAACAUUUAAUGAACAUUUGGAGGGUUUUUUUGUGAAUUGGUAGUUAUUUCAAAGCAGUGAAGUACUUGGACUCUAACAUUAUACUGUGAAUCAUGAAUGUGUGGUACAUUUUUUAAAUGAAUGUUUUUUUACAAAUGAGUUAGAAUGUUUAUGAUUGUGACAUUUUGUUUGUAUUAAUAUUUGUAGUUUAAAGCUGCCGUCAGUGCAUCACAUCCUGAAAGUCACCAGAGCCACCCGGCACAGCGGGAUCAUGCUGAGAGAGCAGCUUCAGCUCUCAAAUGGCAAAGAGUGGAAUAACAUGAUUGGCAGUGCAAGUGUGUGUGUGUGUGUGUGUGUGUGUGUGUGUGUGUGUGUGUGUGUGUGUGUGUGUGUGACUCGAGAAAUCCUGCAGUCCUUCAAGCGAAUGUAUGUUUUUAUGGAUUGACGUUCACGGCAUGUUAUAUUAAAACAAAAGACACAUUUAUAUGAUGAUGAGGCGGGUUGAGUCAUUGUUCAGUCCAGAUGAUCAGAAGAGCUUCACAGACUAACUUAACGCACAAAUGAAUGCUCAUACUAAUAUAUAUAUAUA